AAUAUCUGAUUGUGUAAAAAUCAGUCAUGUUAUUUUCCCCUUUCCUCAUAGUUACCUUCAGCCCAUGGUACCAAGGAACCUAACACAUGUUUCAGAAUUUCUUCUUCUGGGAUUUUCAGAAGAACCAGAACUGCAGCCCCUCAUUUUUGGACCUUUCCUCUCCAUGUAUCUGAUCACUGUGUUUGGAAACCUGCUCAUCAUCCUGGCCGUCAGCUCAGACCCCCACCUCCACACCCCCAUGUACUUCCUCCUCUCCAACCUAUCCUUUGUAGACAUCUGUAUCACCUCCAACAUCACCCCAAAGAUGCUGUGUAACAUCCAGACACAGAGCCACGUUAUAACCUAUGAAGGCUGCAUGAUUCAGAUGUAUUUUUUCAUGCUGUUUGCAGGGUUGGAUGACUUCCUCCUGACUGUGAUGGCUUAUGACCGCUUUGUGGCCGUCUGCCACCCCCUUCACUACACGGUCAUCAUGAAUCCACAACGCUGUGGAAUUCUGGUUUUGGUUAGCUGGAUCAUUAGCGUCCUACAUUCCUUGUUAGAAACCUUAAUGGUAUUGACGCUGUCCUUCUGCAGAGAGGUGAAAAUCCCUCACUAUUUCUGUGAAUUCAAGCAGUUGAUUCAACUUGCGUGUUCCAACAACUUUCUUAAUGAACUGGUGAUGAAUUUUGCAGCUGGGCUUCUGGGUGGUGUUCCCCUUGCUGGUAUCCUUUACACUUACUGUAAGAUAGCUUCCUCAAUAUGUAGAAUCUCAUCAGCUCAGGGGAAGUAUAAAGCAUUCUCCACCUGUGCAUCUCACCUCUCAGUCAUCUCCUUAUUUUACGGUACAUGCUUAGGAGUAUAUCUUAGCUCUGCUGCUCCGCACAACCCACACUAA